AUCCUUCGCGCGCUCACAAACAGAGGCACCACCGAGCUGCAGCAAGCCCUAAAGAAGAGUGGAAGUGUUUGGUGGAGUGCACUCACCACAUCGUGGGAUGAGGAAAGGAGCUGCCUGGUAACUCUCCCUCUUUCCUUUCCAGCUCCGUGUAGGCUUGAUGCUGAGCCUCAGGACCAACAGUGAGUCCACAGCCCCACAGGGGGGUUAUAAAUCUGGGUUAUAAAUCAGCAGAGAUUCUUCUGCCUUUAGGGACUAAAAGAUUUUUGGAUAAAUCAGACAAAAAUAAUCUUAUCUUCCCAGAGUCAACCCAUGGCCUGCAACAGUUAUGCUAAACAAUUUCAGCUAGAGCCAGCAUGUAUUUUUAACUUGUAAUGGGGAAAACACUGUAGUGUGUUCCAGCAGUACACAUCAAAUAAUCUUUGGCAGAGCUGCUGCCUUGGCAGAUAUGGACAGAUAGGGAAGUGAAUAUGAUGGAAAUAGAAAAAAAAAUCAAAUAACAUAUUCAAAAUAUUUAAUUUCUUUUGGAAAGGCCUGGAAAUGAAUGACUCAAAUAGUCCAAAUCUAAUCACCUUCAGGGCUUGUUUUUCUUCUUUACACACUUCAUGCGCUUCUAGAUGAGUGCUGAGCUAAGAACUGUAGCUCACAUUGAAAGUAACACAUUGUCGUCAUUGUGAAAUAAUUUAAUGUAAAAGAAAGAAAGAUUAUUACUGUUGCUAUUCUGCAUUAAUCGAUCCUUUGUACAUUUUGCAACAACUCAUGCAAGACUGUGGCUCUCCUGAGCCCUGUAUUUACAGAUAAGGAAACUAAAGACCAGAAAGAUGCACUGUCUUGUCUGAGGGCAUCAGAUAAGCCAGUGAUAGGAGUGGAUACCCAGCCAGCAGCCCUCCCAAGACAGGUGUGCAGCCCUAUGGAAGCUUAAGGGCUCACUGAAAGUCGCUCACUGUCUGGUUUAACUCAUCUGCCAGUGCCAGUGCCAAUGUAAGGGAGUAGCCAGCAACACGUGGCUGGGGAGUGCAGCAGCUUUGAAUUAGAGGAGCUUUAAUUACCAUGGAAUCAAACUUCACAGUCCCAUACAUCCGUGGUUGGUCCUCUGUGCUUUGAAAAUACUAUUAUAAGGGCCACAGCAUCAGACAGACCCAUGGUCAUUGUUGGAUACCAGAAUAACUGAUAUCUGCAGAGAAGAACUAGAAAUGGCCCUUUCUUGUACUUUUAUUCUAUCUGUGCUUUUGGUAGAUUUUGAGUAGAGCUGAGACUGACUUGUGUUUAAUUCCCAUUCAAAAUCUAACUGCCAUUCAGGUAUGCAAGAAGACAGUGAGUGCAAGUCAGGGUUCUGGUGUGUGAUUUUUGUUGUUUGUGUGUGUCUGUUGUUGUUUGUUUGUUUGUUUCAGGAGAAACCCAUAGCAAACUCAUCUCAGGCAGCACUUCUGUGCUAUGUGUGUGAUGGAGCACUGGCUCAGGCUGCCAGUGGCUGUGGGGUCUCCUCCUUGGAGAUCUCCAGCAGCCACCUGGCCAUGGCCCUGGGCAGUCUGCUCUGGGUGCCCUGCUGGAGACGGGGUGGGCCUGAGGGACCCAGAGGGCUCUUCCUCAGCCAUCCUGUGGUCCUGUGGUGGUCUGUGAUCUGUGUACCUGCACCAUGACCCAAGCACAAGCCAGGACAAACACAAAGGAUGCUGAACUACCUUGCAAACAACAGCAGGCGAACGAGCUUUACUUUUUUUAUCCUACUAGUUUCCUGAUGGUCGAUUUAAAGCACCUCCUCCCAUCAGGAACCAGUCAGGUGUUAUCUUGAAUGGCCUUCCCACUCUACCCCUCCACUGGCAGAGAGCAGGCACCCCCAUUGCUUCUGAUCCAAAUUCUUCCCUUUAGGAAGUUUCCCAGGACCCUCACUGUUUUGGUUAACAGAAUGUGUUUCUGCUAUAAUGGCUAAUAAAUGAAAGUGGAUUCUGCAGCAGAAAAAUUCAUUCCUGGUUAUAGGAGGAUUAAUGGCUCGCCCUCUCCUUAGCUUGUGCCCACUGGCAGGGCUCUCUGCUGGGUCCCAAGCAUGUGCUGAGGCAAUCUGCUCCCUUGGCUCACUCCUGCACAAGGGGCUUUUUGCCUUCAUUGACUUCCCAUGCUUUUUUCCCCCCACCUCAUUACGGGAAGACUCAGAAAGAAAGAAAGAAGGGAGGGGGGAAACAAGGCGCUCUGGAUGCUCACAAAGACAAGUCUGCAGACUUGCUCCUCAUAAAAAUACACACCUCUCCACCAAGGGAGAGGCAGCUUUUUUCACUCUUCUCUGGGCUGUCACAGAGGCAAAGCAGCCAAGCGACCGACCCUAACCAGAUGCUUUUAUUCUCUCAGCCAGGUGAAGAGAGGUACAAACGUUUGGCUUUGCAAACCCUUUCCUUCUGUAUAGCAAGACCCCUCAGCUUUAGCGGAGCUGUGUUAUUAAUAAGCAUCAGGGGUUUAAAGAAACAAAGGCUGGAGGAGGUGGGGGGAGGCAUAUUUUAGGAAGGGGGCCAACAAAGCCAAGAUGUUUAGGAGGAGGAAGUAUUGACACCCUUGGAAGAGAGCAAGUGCCGGGUGCCAGCUGCAGAGAGCCUACAAGAAUGAAUGUCUCCGAUGCUUUUGUCUCCUUAUAUGGUAAAAUGAUACCGAGGGGUUUCGCUGGGCUGGGGAAGGCAGCAGGCUGUUUCCACACCACGCUGCCUGCAGAGCUGAAAUGAGAAGAGCUGCUCUCAGCAGGCAGGAGAGAGCCUCGGCUGGCUGCACCUCGGCAAGCAGGCCAGUGUGCUCGUGGCACAGCUGUUAAUGGAUGUGACCCUCUGCCCCUGGUCCAGGAGGUGACACUAGCUGCCCGCCACUGCUCUGACAGCUGGACUCCAGGCAUCAACAUGACUGAGCGUUUCGACUGCCACUACUGCAAAGAGUCCCUGUUUGGUAAGAAGUACAUCCUGAGGGAGGACAGCCCCUACUGCGUGAAAUGCUAUGAAAACCUCUAUUCCAACACCUGUGAGGAAUGCAAGAAACCUAUUGGAGCUGACUGCAAGGAUCUGUCUUACAAGGACCGCCACUGGCAUGAAACCUGCUUCCACUGCUUCCAGUGCAAGAAUUCAUUGGUGGACAAGCCUUUUGCUGCAAAAGAGGAGCAUCUACUUUGUACUGAUUGCUACUCCAAUGAAUACUCUUCCAAAUGUAAUGAGUGCAAGAAGACUAUUAUGCCAGGUACUCGGAAGAUGGAAUACAAAGGCAACAGCUGGCACGAGACCUGCUUUAUCUGCUACCGCUGCCAGCAACCAAUUGGGACAAAGAGUUUCAUUCCUAAAGACAAUCAAAAUUUUUGUGUUCCCUGCUAUGAAAAGCAGUUUGCCAUGCAGUGCGUCCAGUGCAAGAAGGCUAUCACUACAGGAGGUGUGACUUACCGGGAGCAGCCUUGGCAUAAGGAGUGCUUUGUCUGUACUGGAUGCAAGAAGCAGUUGUCUGGACAACGCUUUACCUCCCGGGAUGAGUUUGCAUAUUGCCUGAGUUGCUUCUGCAAUCUCUAUGCCAAAAAGUGUGCUGGAUGCACAAACCCAAUCAGUGGUCUCGGAGGAACCAAGUACAUCUCAUUCGAAGAGCGGCAGUGGCACAAUGAUUGCUUUAAUUGUAAGAAGUGUUCUCUCUCAUUAGUAGGCCGUGGCUUCCUUACAGAAAGGGAUGACAUCCUCUGCCCUGAAUGUGGAAAGGAUAUCUAACGCUCAAAAUAAGAAACAGGAAAGGAAGAAUGCUGUGCUUGCAAUUUAUAGUCUGAAACACACAAAACUAGCUUUGCCCUUCUGUGUUUUGCUAUACUAUUAACAUCACUUCAGCUUCUUAUGAAUUUCAAACUCUGCAAGUAUAGAGGGAAAACAACCUUGGAAACUCUAGUAGCAGGGAUGGUGUUUAAGGUUUCUAUAGCUAACCAAAACUAAUGCAAAACCUGAGCUGUAAAGCCAUUUGGGUGUUACUGACAUAAUACACUUUUUUUCUCCACUAAAUAUUCCAGUUGAAGCAUUUGAUUUAAGUUAUAAGCAAGUGAUACAGUUCAAGGAUUACAGUGGCCACAGGCAAUAAAUUCAUAGAUGGAUAUUCAGGGUGAAGCCCCUAGCCUAUUGAAAUCAGUGGCAAACAGCAUUCAAUUUCAAUAAGGCUGUGGUCUCACCUCAGUGUUCUUGAGCUAUGUGACUAGUUUGUGCUGUCAAGUAUGUAGAAAGACUACAGACGUAGAGGGUGUUUUUUAAAGUGCAAGGACUUGUGCAAUGUCAAAGAGAUAAUGAUAAAACAGUUGAAGUGGGAGUGCUUCAUAACAGAUACACAUUUUAUUGCAUGACUAGCUGAUCAUUGUGUGAAGUACAGUUCUGAUUGACAGCGUCAGUAUUACAUUUAGUCAACAUUACACCGCACAUUGUAUUUUUAAAAAUAAAAGUCAUUUAAAACAAAA